CUGAGCAACUCGAUAGGUAUCAUUCACCUAAGAAGUGGAGUGGCGGCAUGGUCAGUCUGUAUCGAUAAUUCACUUGGACUGAACAAUAAUCAGCGACGAAUCUCGUCGGCUGCAACGCUCCCGCCAUUUAUUGCGAUUUCAGGCUUUCUCCCUCCAAACGUGGCCUUCCUGGCUCCUGGAAUAAUCUUCUCACCCUCGCAGUUAGCGAUCAGUUGGGAACGGGGCUGCUACAAGAUUAGCGGACCAUUGCAGGUGGAGGACCAUAUCAAAGGCCCGAUCCAGAUUUAUACCGAGACAAAAAUGUCCGUUCAGGGAGAACCGAUGCGUUGCAUAGGAGCUGACGUAAGGACAAAUUGCGGUGGACACGGCUCUUGCAUUUACUGCGACUUGUGCCAUUCUAAGAACUCGCAUACGGAGUUGUCACUGGCGAUAAAUGGCCAUCCACUUAACUGUCAACAAGGGCUUCGACCGGGCAGGUACGACAACGCUCAAUGGAAGUUCUGUUCCCCAACACACCAGGAUUACAUAGCUUUUUCGCAACUCGACGCAAUUUGUAUCAACAAUAUUCUUUGCAGGCAAAGACAAUUUACCAAGUGGUCAAGAUCUUCAACCACAGCAUCACUGACCAAUCACCACUAG